AUGCCGAAUCCACCCUCGAAGACGGGCGGCGUCUCUUCUCUAUUCCCCCCAAUCUUCACCAAGAAGAAUGAAGUUGUGAUCUUCUCCAGUACCGCAAUUGCUCUGUAUGGCUACGAUCAAGGCAUGAUGUCUCUGAUCAACACGAAUCGCUCAUACCUCAAGACCAUGCAAAUCAAGGAGGAGUCUCCAGUGGUCGGUAUCAUAGUGUCCGUAUACUAUCUUGGUUGUGCGGUUGGGGCCAUGAUCGCUUCCUGGCUGGGGGAUAAGAAAGGCCGAAAGCCCUCGAUCUUUACAUGUCUUGCUACCACCGCUCUGGGAAAUCUUCUCAUGUUCAUAUCCGGCUUCUCGCUGGACGGAACUUCCACCUGGGAUGGCGGUGCUAUUGCCUGCAUGCUUCUUGGACGAGUCGUUAUGGGUCUGGGAGUUGGAGGUAUCGAUGCUGUGAUCCCGGUCUACUCGAGUGAACUAUCCUCAGAUGGAGCGAGAGGACGAGCCCUUGCGCAGGAGUUCCAGAUGAACAUCUUCGGGCUGCUGAUGGCGUAUGGCAUCAACAUGGCCACCACCUACGGACUAGGAAAAGACAACCAGUGGGCGUGGAGAAUUCCUAUCAUCGCUAUGCAAAUCUUCCCCAUCCUGCUCAUGUCGUUCAUCAGCCGACUUCCGGAAUCUCCACGUUGGUUCGUAAGCAAAGAGAGGACGGACGACGCGAAGAGAGCUCUGUCCACGAUCUACGGCAAGGACGAUGCCAGGAAGAAGAUGGAAGAGCUGCAGGAGGCCCAAGACAACGAGACUGACGAGAAGAUCGGAUACAAAGACAUGUUGCUUCCCAAAGGAUCUCAAUUCCACCCAAGUAUGGUUACCGUGAUGGGACAGGUUAAUCAAGCCCUUACGGGUUAUGGAGCCGUCUCCGUGUACGGACCUCAGAUCUUCGAGCUCCUCGGGUUCGACAGCACCAAAGCCGAGUUCCUGACUCUUGGAAACUACGUCUCCUAUUUCCUCAUGAUGACGCUGGCAUGGAUGACUAUCGACGUUUAUGGGCGUCGGAAGCUCAUGAUCUGGGGGUCUAUUGGCAUCGCUGUUUCUUUCUUGCUGCUCACUGUCUUCGGUGGUCUCGCGUCAGCCUAUGACUCGAUUCCCGACCUGGCUAUCGAGAUUCCCGGCAGCAUAACACUCUUCCUCGCCACAGGUAUCUUUGGCAUCGGGUGGCUCGCCACCGUCUGGCUUAUCCCAACAGAGAUCUACCCCAGCACAGCUCGCGCUCAGGGAUCCGCCAUCUCCGUUAUCACCUGGGGUCUGGCAAACUUCGCAGUCACGCUCUUGACACCUAUCGGAUUCAAUAACCUGAAAUACUGGCUCUUCCUUGUCUUUGCGGCGACGAACACUUUCGCUGGCUGGUGGACUUGGAGAUACACACCUGAGAGUGGCGGGAGGAGUUUCGAAGAGAACCAGGAGUUCUUCGAUAGCGCUGCUGACGAGGGCAGCUGGGCUGUGGGGAAGGUGGACGGUGGGAAAUUCAAGGGGAUGCCAGAAAAGAAUGACAGUGGUGAUGGCGAAGAUGGCAGAGAGAGCGAGCCGCUGUUGAGAGGCCGACGGUCAUGGUAA